AUGCAUCUCCUCAGCUUCCUCUACCCUGCGCUGCUGGCAGCGAGUGGCGCAGAAGCCCUCCGCUCAGACAAAGUCAAGCUGGCUAAGAUUGAAAGUCUCACGCUGCGCAAAGGACAGCAGACUUCCGCGCGACGCGUUGACCCUAUCCCUCAGCUGAAAUGCAUCGGCGGUUCCGCACGCGGCCUCUGUGAACCCGAGAUAAUGCGCUGCAAGAACAGCGGCUCUGACUACGACGAAGACUCUAUACAAUGGACCUGCACCGCCUCGCUCCCCGAAGAAUUCAAACUCGGCUCCACAGACGUCAUCUGUGAAGGCUACGAUUACCCCGAGGACCCAUACAUCUUGAAAGGAAGCUGCGGAGUAGAGUACCGUCUUGUCCUCACGGAGAAAGGCCAAGAGAAGUACGGCAAGGGAAGAGGAAGAUGGCAGGGCGACGAUGACGAUGACGACCGACGUGACGGACCGAAAACCAUGGGCGAGAAGAUCGCAGGCGGACUAUUCUGGAUGCUCUUCGGUGGUGUCGUGCUGUGGAUGAUAUACUCUGCGCUGAGGAACCGCGCACAAGGUCCGGAUGGCGGCGCAGCAGGAGGCAACAGACCUGGCUGGGGAGGUGACGGCGGCGGUGGUUGGGGUGGAGGCUACAACGACGACAACGACGACCCGCCUCCACCAUACUACCCGAACAAUCCCAGCAACCCCAAGUCAGGCUACGGUGCGACACAACCGGCACAAGGCUGGAGGCCUGGCUUCUGGUCUGGUGCUGCAGGUGGCGCUGCUGCUGGAUGGGCUGCGGGCCAGUUUGGCAACAGAGGUAACCGGAACAACCAGACGGGCGGCUGGGGCGCUGGAAAUGGUAGUGGCAGUCGCUGGAACAAUGGCGGAGAGGGUAGCUCAAGGAGUUCGUCUGGUGAUAGUUUCUCCAGCACCAGGCAUGAGAGCACUGGGUUCGGCGGAACGUCGCGGAGAUGA